CUGGAUUUCUAGAAGUGUCUUAGGGGUUGGUGCCGUUGGGUGGGGUGCUGCAUGAAAGUUUUGCGGUUGUUGAACAGGACAGGGUGUUGCUGGCAAAUAUCUGGCUGAAGGGCUCUGCUGAAUUUCACGGAUGGCGUCCGGUGAAGCAGUCUGCGUGAAAGCAAAAAACGUGGAUUAUACAGAAGAGUAUAUAGAAGCAGAUUAUGAAUAUCAGACAACAAAAGUUAAGAUGGAGCGUGGCGUGCAUGUGGCCACACCGGUUUCAAAAACUCUUCACAUUCGCACAAAGCGUAAGGUUCCAAAAUUAGGUAUGAUGCUGGUCGGCUGGGGAGGGAAUAAUGGUUCAACAAUAACAGCUGCUCUUCUUGCCAACAAACUAAAUUUGACAUGGCAAACGAAGGAUGGAAAGCAAACUGCAAACUGGUAUGGUUCAAUAACACAGGCCUCUACAGUCCGUUUAGGAGUUGGCGAUGGUGGUGAAGAUGUUUAUGUUCCCAUGAGUGACAUGCUGCCAAUGGUGAAUCCCAAUGAUGUGGUAGUUGAUGGCUGGGAUAUAUCUUCACUAAAUUUGGCUGAUGCAAUGGCAAGGGCUUGUGUUCUGAAUUGGAACUUACAGCAGCAACUAUAUCCACAUAUGAAAAACAUGAAGCCACGACCUGCUAUUUUCUUUGGUGAUUUUGUUGCAGAUAAUCAGGCUGGACGUGCAGAUAACGUACUCACUGGGACUAAGUGGGAUCAGGUUGAACAGAUACGAAAAGAUAUUCGUGAAUUUAAGAAGAUGAAGAAACUGGAUAAAGUUAUAGUUCUGUGGACAGCAAACACUGAAAGAUUCUGUGAUGUUCUGCCGGGUAUUAAUGACACAAGUGAAAAUUUGAUUUCAGCCAUACAAAGUAAUGCCAGUGAAAUAUCUCCAUCAACACUGUACGCUGUUGCUUCUAUAUUGGAGGGUAGUCCAUACUUAAAUGGAUCUCCACAAAACACAUUUGUUCCUGGCUGCAUUCAGCUAGCUGAGCAACACAAUGUGUUGAUUGGUGGAGAUGACUUCAAAUCUGGCCAGACAAAACUGAAAUCAGUGUUAGUGGAUUUUUUGGUGACUGCUGGGAUUAAGCCUGUUUCUAUAGUGAGUUACAAUCAUCUUGGAAAUAAUGAUGGUUGUAAUCUGUCGGCACCCCAACAGUUUCGGUCCAAGGAGAUUUCUAAAAGCAGUGUUGUAGAUGACAUGGUGGAGUCAAACAGAAUAUUAUACAAACCAGAAGAAAAACCGGAUCACUGUGUUGUAAUAAAAUAUGUGCCUUAUGUAGGUGACAGUAAAAGAGCGAUGGAUGAAUAUAUCUCAGAGAUAAUGAUGGGAGGACAUAAUACUAUAGUAAUUCACAAUACAUGUGAGGAUUCUUUACUUGCAAGUCCGAUCAUACUGGAUCUAGUACUUCUCACUGAAUUGUGCACCCGAAUCGAAUUCAGGUCUCCCGAUGAGCUUCACUCUGAAUACUCAAAUUUCCACCCUGUCCUCUCAGUACUGAGCUACUUAUGCAAGGCUCCCUUAGUUCCACCAGGGACACCAGUUGUUAAUGCCUUAGCAAAGCAGCGUGCUUGUAUUGAAAACAUAAUGCGUGCCUGUAUUGGGCUUCCUCCAGAAAAUAAUAUGCUUUUGGAGCACAAACUUCAGUUUCCGUUAUUGGAGAGUACAUCAUGACAUAUGGGUGGAGCUUCUGGGUGCGUGUACUGAAAAUCACUACAGAUCAAUAACUUUUUGUCAGUAAGCACAUAUUUCAUUAUUUAAACAGCCAAACAUGAUGUUAUGCAUUUAAAAAUUGUGUACUUAACCAUAUAAUUCCUAACAACCAAAAACUUUUUGUGCCAUUUCAUUUAAGCCACAAACGUUUGUAGAUAAAGAAAUCCACUGUCAUAUCAUGAGAUGCAUUUAUUUUUGUUUGUGACCAGUGUAGAUGAAAAUAUGUAAUUGCUAUAUGUUGUAGAAUAAUACAUGCAUUUGAUGUUUCUCCAUUUGUGUAUUAUGAAAAAGGAUCUCAUAGUUACGUAAACUUUAUGUGCAAAUAGGCUCGUGAAAUUGUGUGAUGCACUGUAUGUAUGUUAUCAGAAUUAUUGUAGUGAAUCUGAAUUCAGUAUUAUAGUUAGUCAUUUAAUGUAAUAUAGGAAUGACAAUUAUUUUAAGUUUUGAGUUCCUCUUGUGGCACUUAACUGGUAAUAUAUAUGGUGUCCCUCCUAGGAGACCUGAGGCCCAAUUUCUUCAGUGUUUUGGCAGAUGUUUGCAAUUUUGAUUUUGCGAUGUGUAGUCAGUCAUCCUUACAGAAAUACUGCUCAUCACAUCUUUAAUGCAACGCUUAGUGUUGACAGAAUGCAUUGGUUUGUUUCCCUUUAAAAACAAAAUGAUCUUCAAAGUGAAAUUUUGCAGGCAUAUUCGAUACAAUGGUCCCAGACUAAUCUAAUGCUAGAUUAGUUUCAUCGAUACGUGUUGAAAAAAGAAGAAUAACCAGUACUCCAGUAUCAAUAGGAAAAACGAAGAAUAACCAGUAAUCCAGCAUCAGCAGCGCCAUCUUGUCCCAUGCUGACUUAAAGAAAUGGCUAUUCUUCAUGUUUUACUGUCCCUGUUAAUACACGUCAAUUAAACAACGUUGCACUCAACUAGUUUGGAACCUCCCUAUUGAAUGGGCAUGUAAAAUUCCUCGUUAAAAAUCAUGUUGAUUGUAACUUGUGACAAACUGAUGCAUUCCACUGACAUUGGACGUUGCAUGAAAGACAUCAUGGGCAGUGUUUGCUUAGGCAGACUACAGCUAUACAGUGCAUAAACAGAUGGCAAAUUUCUGCCAAAACAGUGGAGAAAAUGUACCUGGUGGUGAUUAGGAGAGAAACCCAUUAUAUUUCAUGUUGAAUGACGUAAUUUCUUAAAAGGGCACAAGAAAAAUGUUAAAAUAUUAAAGAAUACAAAUGUGUUAUGGUGCUAUACAUUGCAUUCCUCCUAUUCUGUGCUGCUUAUUGGUAAAGUAUGGAUCAUUUUAUGAUGACUACUGCAGGUCUCAUAAGGUGAAACUGGACAGGUGACACAUUGGACCAGUAACAGAAGUCUGAAAAUGGCCAAAGACAUAUAGAUUAUGAAUAAAUACACAACUGUUCAUGUAAUCUGUGUAAUAGAAUUAAUAGUUUGUUAUAAAUGUUUGUAAAGUAGUUGUUACUAUUUUUGUGUUGAUUUUAAUUUUGAAUAAAUAUUUGAAAAUUAAUGUCCAA